GAUGCCCCGCCCCUUUCACCUGGAAGGGGCGGGGCAGCGGGCCCUGACGCCAUCAGAGAGCGUCCGAAGAGGUAGCGGGCGGGAGUUGGAGAUGUUGGAGUCGCUUUUGGCCCUUGGCGGCCUGGUGCUGCUGAGGGACUCCGUGGAGUGGGAGGGGCGCAGUCUCUUGAAGGCGCUUAUCAAGAAAUCUGCAGUGUGUGGGGAACAAGUCCACAUCCUGGGCUGUGAAGUGAGCGAGGAAGAGUUUCGUGAAGGUUUUGACUCCAGUAUCAACAGCCGGCUGGUUUACCAUGACCUCUUCAGAGACCCUCUCAACUGGUCAAAGACUGCAGAAGCCCUUCCUGGGGGGCCCCUGGGAGCCUUGAGAGCAAUGUGCAGGAGGACAAAUCCUGGUCCUGUCACCAUUGCUCUGGAUUCACUCAGCUGGCUGCUGCUUCACCUUCCCUGCACCACACUCUGCCAGACCCUGCAUGCUCUGAGCCAUCAGGACUCCCGCCCUGGUGACAGCUCCCCAGUGGAGCAGGUGCAUGUGCUGGGCCUGCUACAUGAAGAGCUUCAUGGCCCAGGCCCCGUGGGAGCAUUGAGCAGCCUUGCUCAGACUGAGGUGACCCUGAGUGGCACAAUGGGUCAGGCCUCUGCCCACAUCCUCUAUCGGAGGCCCCAACAGCGCCCAACCCAUCAGACUCAGUGGUUCUCCAUCCUGCCUGACUUCAGCCUGGAUCUCCAAGGGGGGCCCCGGCUAGAGUCCCAGCCCCUCCCAGAUCCUCACACACCUCCGGUGGACCCCACGACUCAUUUGACAUUUAACCUUCACCUAUCCAAGAAAGAGAAAGAAGCCAAAGAUAGCCUGACCCUGCCCUUCCAGUUCAGCUCUGAAAAACAGCAGGCUCUACUGUGCCCUGGGCCAGGUCAGGCUACCAGCCACAUCUUCUAUGAGCCAGAUGCUUAUGAUGACCUGGACCAAGAAGACCCAGAUGAUGACCUAGAUGUUUGACUGGCCAGGAGAUCUGACUGGACUAUAAUUGGAAGGGGAGGAGGAAGACCUUGGGUCCCUAACUAUCCUUCUCUUGUUCAUGUUGUCCUUGCCCUGUCCCUGCUGCACCUUUGUUACCUGUGUCUACGGAGGCCCUGCCCUAUGACCCAUGAGGGAGCAACAUCUAAGCAGGGCCAAAAGUGCGAUGGGGGCAUGGGGGAAGGUCAGAGAAUAGAAACUCCCCCCCAAGCCUAAUAAAAAUCUUAAUUUUUUUAUUAAAAAAGAAACUCUUUGGGAGCUAUUUAAGCAAGAGUUGGGAAUGGAAGGAACUGGAGGAUGGGAAUGGAUGAGGGAAGCCAAGCACCUGAGGCUUCUGUAGUCAAUAGUCAAAGUAUUAGGGCCUGAAUGACAGUGAAAUGGUUGGGCAGAGAUGGCCUUGCACACUAUUGGUGCUCGAUAAGUGUCUUUUUAACUGAAGCAGGUGUACUUUAGGUUCCAGGCUCCCUGCAAGGUUCUGGAUGGGAAGAAAGUAAAGGGCCUUAAGGGGAAAAAAAAAAAAGAAGCCUACUUUCCAAAACAUACUGUUUAUUACUGUACAAAAAGCACAACCUCCCCUCUUUUCGUCUCCCCCAUCCACCCCCCCAGGGAACUGUACACGGUGUGCAGGGCUGGAGUGACCAGAGGCUUCUGCUACGCACCCUGCCCAAGGGCUGGGUUCUCUGCCUCAGGUCCUCUCAGGUGUCUGGGCACACCCAUAGGCUGCCAGGCUGGGGCAGAGGGGUCCCAGCUCACA